UAGCUUAAGCUCACCCAAACUUUGCUGUUUUAACCCCAAAAAGUGACCUGAGCCUUUUGUUUUGCUCAGGAUAAGUGUUUAAAGCCACACGGCCCCACUCCAGCAACCGCUGGGUAGAACUGGACGGAUAAACCCCAAACCCAUCCGUUGGGAUGAGAGCUCCUGCCCUGCACACUAUGGUGCUCUGCUUCUCUUUGCAUCACGUCGUGGCUGUAGUGAUUCAAUAACCUGUGCUCCAAAGGCAUCCCCGACGGGGCUCCCGUGGCUUCCAGCCUGCUUUGACCACGCUUUCAUGUUGCAGAGCUUUGAGGAGCCUCAGGCUCUCCCAUGUGCUGGUUGUACCAGAUUUGGGGAAGAUUGCAUGGGAAAGACUGAAGAGCAACCAACUGAAGGGCUGCAGAGCACAAGCUGCUAACAGCACCCAUUAGCUACACUGCCAAGGCUGGAACACUGAGUCUGUAGCUAGAGCCUCCACCUGACCAGAAAUCCACUUUAGGGCACAAACCACUUGUGUCCCAACCCCACAGCAAGCAAGGUUUCAUGGUUUUGUGCAAGGGGUGAGGAUGGGGCACUGACAAGGAGCAGGGGGAGGACCUCUCCCCUUUCUAUCCAUAUAAAGCAAACCCGCCAAGCCCCAAAGCUGCAAGGAGAGGAGGGUGGGAUUUUAUUGCCCCCAUUUCAUCAUCAGCCCCAGGUGCUGCUUGCUGUCCUCUCCCUCCAUUGUGAAGAUGAGGAAUCUCCUGCUCGCCUUGCUGCUGGCUUACGGGCUGCCUCCGGCACGUGGCAGCAUAUUGGAGCUGGAACGCAUGAUCAGAGUGACCACAGGGAAGAGUGCCUUGCUGUCCUAUAGCUGGUAUGGCUGUUUCUGCGGCAUCGGGGGCAGAGGGACCCCAGUGGACCCCACUGACACCUGCUGCCAUGCCCAUGACUGCUGCUACAGGCAGCUGCGAGAAAACAGCUGCAGCCCCCUGAUAACCCUGUACCAAUUCCAUGUCACCGAUGGGGACAUCACCUGUGGUGAUGAGCAAAGCUGGUGCAAGAGAGAGACCUGCCUGUGUGACAGGGCCAUGGCUUCGUGCUUUGCCAGCGCUCUGCCUUCCUACAAUGCGUCCUACCGCUUCUACUUCAAGCUGAGGUGCAGAGGGAGCAAGCUUCAGUGCUGAAAUCUGCACACGUCUGCCGGUUUUGAGUGCCUUUCCUCGUUGCUGUGGGAAGGACAGGGUGAUGUGGGUGCUGAGAGGGGCUGCAGCCCUCCUCCUGGUGAGGCGAUGUGCAGGGUGAGCAGGGCACAUGAGAUGGCUGGAGAUCCCCAGCUCCCCAAAAGCGAGUCCUUGUCCCUUCCUCCUCUUUUUUCUCUACUGAUUUUGUUUUCUAGCAAAAAGGAACUGAAUAAACCGUGUGAAAAAUGCUCUGUGGUGUUUUGCUGUUGGACCACUGAGAGAUGGGUCUGUCCCACGCUCAAUUGCCAGCAUCAAGAAAUGGGGAUAAAUACAUGCCACCAAGUAAAACUCCCUGGGGUUUGUCAACAAAACUUCCCUGCAGCGAGCCUGGGGUUGGUGGCUUCUCCUAACAUCCCCCUCCUCCUUCUCUGAACUCACUCCCAGAGCUAACAUGCACAGCAAACUUCAUAUUUUGAUGGUCAUCAAGGGGAUCAUCCCUUUCUACUGCAGUCUGUCAGGAAAGCCAUUUUUUG